AUGAGUAGUUCAGAGCCAGUGGGAUCAUCUCCAGCGCUAGCACGGGCGUUGUCAGCCAUUCAGCAGACGCAGAAAAGACCCCGCAGUGAGAAGAAAGCCAUACCCGUCGACCAGAAAGACAACAAGUAUUUCGAACGAAGAAAACGAAACAACAAUGCUGCUAAGAAAUCGAGAGAUGCGAGGAAGGCACGGGAGGACGAGAUCGCCAUCAGGGCCAGCUUUCUGGAAAAAGAAAACGCAAUUUUACGUGCCCAGGUGGCGACGUUACGCGAAGAAGCCAAUUCCCUCCGACAGCUGCUGCUGCAGAAAAGGUCGCAACAUUGA